CACAGCUGCCCACACAGCCCUCACCACUCCCAGCGCCCAGCCAGGCCCAAACUCCCCGGUUCCAUCUCAGCCUCCUCCUGCCCUCUCUGCCCUCGGCACAGGCCGGCGCAGCGGUGGUCCCGGGAGGCCGCCCGGCACGGCUUUGUUCAGAGCCGGACACAAAACGCGAAAGAGGAGGACUCCAGAAAGCUUUUUUUGGUUUCGCUUUUUUUAACGAGGAUGAAAGCACCUCCCCUCCUGUCUGACUCAGCUCUGUGCUCCACUUUGUUCUCCAUCAUCGUGGAGAAAAACAUCCAGCCAAACUGAAGCUGCUUUGUCGGGGAUCUGCAGACACCCGCCGCGGGGCUCGCACGGCCGGGAGAGCCGCGGCUCGGAGCCGGCCCCGGCCCCGCCGGCCCCCUCCGGACGCCCGGCCCGCUCUCCCCACGCUCAUUUCGUCUUCCCCGCACCGCCCCAAGGCCUCUCGCCGUCCCGGCGGCGGAGCCGGGCUCGGACCCCGCUGGCGCCGCAGGAUGGUUUCCACAACUUUGGAGGUGACCUGCAGUUUCUUUGCCUGGCUGUCUCUGUAUGCCGCCUUCUGCCACUGGAACAAGCACCGUUCCUAUGAGUGGAGCUGUCGUUUGGUCACUCUGCUGCACGGGGUGAUUGUCACCUGCUUCUCUGGUUACAUUGCUCUCCUGGAUGGCCCCUGGCCUCUAACCCAUGCAGGUUCACCAAACACAUCUCUUCAGAUUCAUGUGCUGUCCCUGACCUUGGGUUACUUUAUCUUUGACCUGGGCUGGUGCCUCUAUUUCCAGACAGAGGGGGACCUAAUGCUGUUACAUCACACGCUGAGUAUCUGUGGCAUGAUCAUGGUGCUGGGGCUUGGGAAGUCCGCGACGGAAGUCAACGCUGUUGUGUUUGUUAGCGAGAUCACCAAUCCGCUGCUGCAGACCCGAUGGUUUCUGCGGGAAAUGGGGUGCUACCACAGUGUCCUGGGAGAGGUGGUGGAUUUCUUCUUUGUGCUCCUCUUUGUGGUGCUGCGAAUUGGGGGAGGAGCUUUGAUCAUGUACGCGAUGGUGACCUCCCCUGAUCCCAUCUGGCUCCUCAAGGCUGGAGGCCUGGCUAUGUACAUUGUAUCUUUGGGGUUCAUGGUUGAAAUCUGCCACUUUGUUAGGAGGAAAAUACUGAAAAAAUGUAAUCACUGGAAAAGCAUGAGGAGUGUGAACACACCUGUGAAAACUAAUGGGCACCUGGCAGCUCAUUAACUGUGCUUGUGGAAGACCAUCCCUUGGGAAGAGGGUCCUGGCUACUGAAGCCCAUUGCUGUGGAAAGAGCUCCUGGAAGUGAUGCAGAACGGAUUUUCUGGCACUAGCAAUGGUCUGCUACCCCUGGAGGAGAUGAAUCGGCUCUAGGACCUCGGGAAAGCUUCACUGAAGAGGGUUUCAAGUGGAAAACUGAGGAACUUGGCAAGGCAACCGAACUGUCGGUUCCCUGACUUCUCCAGCAGUGGCAGAGUCUCUAAGAGGGUGGUAAUGCCAGAGCUAUUCAGUCUGCAACAGAUAAGUGCACAGUCCCUGUGUUCUUUAAUCAUCUUCUCGGAGGCAGUAUUAUCUCACAGUGUGGUACCAGGAAAUCUAACCUGAAAAAAUCCCAUAUUCCUAUGGGUGGGAGCAGGUAGGGGUGUGGCCUAGCAAAGACUUACUCAGCCUCACUUUGCCGCCUUUCUGGAGCUGGAUGACACACUUGACUAAGUACUUGGACGAAGGCCUCUGAACAAGACGGAAAUGCUUGCAGAGGUAUAGUAAGCUGUCCUUCGAGUGUGUGAAGUGAUGAUAUUCCAGCCGAGGCAGUGUUUUACCUCAAUGUUUUUAAUGACACAUUUCCUUUUUUAAAUGCCUGCAUUCAAGCAGGUGCUGUUCUUACAGCAGUGCUACUUCACUGCAAUUAAUUCUGGUGCUGUCGUUGUGAACAGAGUCAAGAACUAGACAUGUGCCAAUAAACUCCAUAAGCAGGUGUUCAUGUAGCCUUGGAUUGCCAGACAUUUUGUGGGUGAGAGAUGAUAGAGAAGAGCCCUGCCUGGAUGCUCUAUUGGUUCUGGGGCUGGCUCACUUAAAGGUCACUUAAGCUUAAUUCAAAGUUGACAAGAGUCAAAUAAGUGAUUAUAUUUUCAGGAGUGACAGUGAUGUUUAGGCAGAUCUCAGUGUGCCAUCUGCUCCAUACCAGCAGGUCUCAGAGUAUGGACCAGUUCUCAGGGCACUUGUAUUCUUAACUUCUCAGAGUUGUAUUCUGACUUCCCCCUGGGGUUUUAAUGUGAAUUUGCCUGCAUUUGAGACUGCAGUUCAGAGGUCAUUUAUCUUAUAAAAGCCUCACAGCUGAGAAACAAAUGGCCCUGUGUUGCCUUCAGGCUCAGCAAGGUUGGUUGCCUUUCCUCCUUCCUGCUUUCAAAGAGCUUGGUUAGAUAUCCUUCAUGGAGGAUUAAAUAUCCUGAAGCUGUAGAAAUGCUGUUCCUAAUUAAAGGAGGAACUAAAGACCCUCUGAAACUGCCUGCAUGGCUCUUGCCCAAGCGUGGUGUCACAUCUAUGGCAGCAGUGAAGGAGCAGAGCGAUGGGAAUACAGCUACUGCGGCGACUGGGCCUUAUAAGCUCCUCCAGGCCCCUUAUGGCACUGACUUUGGCAUUGUUCAGUGCUGAUCCUACCUUAGCUGGGGGUUAGAAUAAGGUGGCUGGAGAGAUGAAAAAGUGAGGAAACUGGAGACCUGCACUCCUGAUACGUUGCCAGCAUGGCUCGGGGGGCCUGGACUGGUGAGGGAUGAACUCUUGCCAAAGUCAUUGUGUUCUUGUGAGAACUCCUGUGAGUGAUGAGAUUUCUAAUAAAGUUAUGUUCUCUUUUUAAAAAGAAA